UGAUUCAGGAACAGCAGCAGCAGCAGCAAAACGUGUUUUGAAUUCUAUUCCGCACACACUGCGCUAUCCACCUUCGACGAAGCGCCUCGCGCGUGUGGAGUCAUCCAAUUGUUGUGAAGAUCUACUCCGUGGUUGAUAAAACGUUUAGGUAGUAGCAGCAGCAGCAGCAGUGGCAUCGUCACUAGGAGUGGAAGGUGUGUGCGCUGGAGACGAAAAAAACUUGUUUUUUGUUCCUCUGCUCACCGAUAGUUUUCACUUUACUCCGCGCGGGGCGAAACCACAGAGUCAACCAACGUCAGUCAGCGCUCAGUCAUUGUUCGUAGUUUCAUUGCGGCGGACGUUUCAGGCUGGUUUCCUUUCGCGGGCACGGUGUUGAGUGAUUUGACCUAGUCAGCAAAAUAGUUGGAUAAGAAGCGCCUUGACUUCACGCGCGUGACAUAACGAAGGAGAUUGCUCAGCUUGUUGUACCGGAAUUCUGUUCCUGGAGAUACCGUGGUCCGGUUUUACCUGCAUUAUAUAAUAGACAGAAAGCGGGGUUUCCAGAAAGGCUGCUGGCGCGCACAUACCAGGAAUAACGGUGUAGCUCUCGACAGUUUCGGAGCACUUUCUCUGAAUGAAAGAAGAGCUUGAAGCGUGAAAAAAGAAAGUUUUUUUUGAGCUGUUGUUCGCGUAGCCUUGUGUGAAUUGUUGCUUCAUUGAGAAAAAAAAGUUUGGGAGUGUAAAUAUACAAUGAGUAGUUGGCCGGAAAAUGUGGGAAUUUUAGCCCUGGAAAUAGUUUUUCCUUCGCAAUUCGUAGACCAGACGGAACUGGAAGUGUACGAUGGUGCUUCCGCAGGGAAAUAUACCAUUGGAUUGGGCCAGAGUAGGAUGGGCUUUUGCUCCGAUCGAGAAGAUGUCAACUCGUUAUGCUUGACAGUGGUGAGCAAUUUGCUGCAGCGUCACAAAAUUCCACAUUCGAAAAUCGGUCGACUCGAGGUUGGAACCGAGACGAUUGUGGACAAAUCCAAGAGUGUUAAAUCGGUGCUGAUGCAGCUGUUCGAACCUGAGGGAGUGACCGAUUUAGAGGGAAUCGAUACCACAAAUGCUUGUUACGGCGGAACGGCAGCUUUAUUCAAUGCGGUGAAUUGGGUUGAGUCAUCGAGUUGGAACGGUCGAUUGGCGCUUGUCGUUUGUGCUGACAUUGCAGUUUAUGCCCAAGGUUCAGCACGACCCACGGGAGGAGCCGGAGCUGUUGCAAUGCUGGUGGGACCAAAUGCGCCUUUAACCUUUGACCGGGGUCUUCGGGCCUGUUUCAUGAAGCAUGCCUAUGAUUUCUACAAACCUGAUCUCAGCUCAGAGUAUCCAGUCGUAGAUGGUAAACUAUCCAUACAGUGUUACUUGAGUGCACUCGAUAAUUGUUACCAGCUGUAUAGAAAACAAUAUGCGCAGAGAAAUUCCGAGGCCAAGCCAAUCAAUUUGGACCAUUUCGAUGCAGUCAUUUUCCACACACCUUACUGUAAGCUAGUUCAGAAAUCCCUUGCCCGGUUGGGAUUGAAUGAUUACGUGUUAAGCCCGAAAGAACAGCGCCUGGCUGAGUAUCCAGGCUUCGAACAGUUUGAGAGCAUCAAACUUGAGGAUACCUAUUUUGAUCGCGACGUGGAGAAGGCCUUCAUGACGCACUAUACACCCCUGUUCAACGCCAAAACGAAGAAAUCGCUUCAUCUAGCCAAUCAGGUCGGGAACAUGUACACACCUUCCGUUUACGGUGGACUCGUUUCGCUCCUCAUCAAUAGCGAUGUUUCCGAAUUACUCGGUAAAAAGGUUGGAGUAUUCUCAUACGGUUCCGGUCUGGCCUCUUCCAUGUAUUCCCUAUCGAUCACCAGCGACUCGCAAGCUCUGAGCACAUUCAAGGCGCAUUUAAGUUAUGUUCAACCGCUGCUGGACUCCCGACACAAAGUGGCACCCGAAGAAUUCACCAAACUGAUGGAAGUUCGCGAGAAAAAUAAUCACGCUGCACCGUACGAACCGACAGGGUCGGUCGAUGUUCUCUUCCCCGGAACCUAUUUCCUGAAAUCCGUGGACAAAAUGCACCGGCGUGUGUACGAACGCACUCCCCCAAAGAACUCCAUCGCGAACUGUUCCUCCUAGGGGCGGAAUCGAUGACAUCGGUGACCGCUUAGAUUUUCUACACGCUUCAUGUAGGCUUUGGGGUAGCAGGAUAUUUAUUAUUUGCCGAAGGACGAUUUAUCUUAAACAAUCUUUUCUCCUCUCGAUCUGUAAACGAAGGCUUCUAGAAUUUAGUUCCACUUGUUGCACUUUAGGCAAUGUAAAAGUUGACGCAGCUCAAGCCUAAUUGAUUAGAAGACUGAGAUUGCUCAUUCGCGUAGCUCUUCUUGAUUUCUUAGUUAACGCCCUGGAGACCCCUCGUGCACAAAAUAUCGAUCAUCUUAGAUAGAAACACUAAACAAAUACAACAUUUCAUGCUAAUUAAAUCUAUCAAAGUUUGGUAGAACCACUAUUUACAAAGCGAACAAGGAACCAUGCAGACAGUAAAACUGUUGGAGGACACAAACCAUGUAAUUGAAACAAAAAACAAGCGACUAGUGUGCGAUAUUAAAAUUUCUACAAGACUU